AUGUCUUUCGUCCGGGGCGCGCCCUCUAAAGCCGCGGAUAUAACCAAACAAUUGAUCUGUAAUUGGGCUUUUGGUCCAUACCUCAGUCCGGAAACUCUGACAUUUCCCGCUGGCUUAUCAAGGCCUUCCCAGUGCCUCGGAAGAUUUGCAAGCAUGACAAGAACAGCUACGCCCUUGCUGGACCCCAUUGCACCGCAGCUGAGAUGUAGUUACGUUGGGCGCGCGCCUUAUACCCCCAAGCAAAGCUAUAUGUACAUGUACUGUGCUGUAGGAGCAGGAGUAGGAGUAGGAGGUAGGAUUAAUGGAUCUCGUUAUCCGGGCUCGGGUGGUUUAAAUACCUUGAUUUACCCUACCCAUCUGCCCAACCCUCUCCCGAUACCUACUCACUUCCUUUUUUGA